GUCCAGUCAGUGGGGCGGCCGGCCAAACGGGGCAAGCAAGGAAGCGCCCGCCCCGCGCGUUGGCACAAGGCGCGCGCGUCAUAGCCGCGGACGGUGGCGCGCCUAGUGCCACGCAUGCCGCCGUGCCCAACGUCGAGGGAGCGCACUCGCGUCCUGUUUGCGGGGGAUUUGAAUGCGCUGCGGUGUGAUAUCGAAGGCGCCGCCAUGACCAAGGCCGAUUUUGAAGGCAACCCAACCCUAUUCCCUCGGUUGUGGUCCUUCGGCGCGCGGCGGGCACUUAGGUCAAUGUGGCCCCGGGCGGUGUUCCUCUUCAUUGCGCAGGGCGCGGGCAAGCCCUUGGGGAGGCGGUGGCGAAUUCUUUACCGAAGCGCGCCCCAGUGGAGUGAGAGUGUGUCAACGCGACCGAGUGCCGUCGCGGUCAGCGACGCCCCCGCCCGGUAUGCAUGAGCGCCGAGGAGCGCGGCCCCGGCGGGCCGGCCCGCCGGCCCUAUCUAUCAGACAGGCACGGGGCCUUUCUUUGGGCCUCCGCGCCGAUCGCUCGCCCGGCCGGCCGCGACGUGCCCGGCCAGGGACCCGCCCUUGCCUGUGUUUUCUCUCAGACAGGCAAGCGUGGCCCGGCCCUUCUUCCUCCAGCCCCCCCCGGCACUGCGCUCGGCUAGGGCAGCCAGGACCGCAGGCACCCCCGGCGCAGCACGCCCGGGUCGCGCCCGGCCAAUUCCCGGGAAGUUGCUCCAACCCCCCCCUUUCACCAAAGGGGCGCCAGCAUGCAUGCAGCCCCUCGGCGCCGGGCGGCCGGAUCCCGGCGGCUUUUUCGGCCCGGGGGCGACGCGAGAAUCCUUCGUGGAAGUCUGAGUCGUGCCGCCCGCCCGGGCGCACCCACCCGCGUCAGGCAG